AAAUUGUUAUUUUGUAUGUAUAUAUUUUUAAAAGACACGAGCGAUGACGUUAACCUUUUGCAAUCCGCCAUUAAAAUGAGAGAAGAAGAAGUUGACCCUCGACCUCUGAUCUUUGUUGAAUUUGAUUGGUUGAUUUGUAUUUCUGAAAGUUUGAACGUUUAUUUGAAACAGAAUCAACAAACAAUACUCAAGCAGCAUCUGGUGUACAAUAACAGUCAAAUUGAUUAGUUGAAAUAAGUUAAAUCUAGUAACGGACUGCUUUACUUUUAUUAUCGAUAGAAAACGAGGGCAAAUGGAAGAUUUGACACACACGUGGCUAAUUCAGCAGUGGGGAUGCUAACCUGGAGGACUCAAACGCCAAACAUGGAUAAUAAUGACAACAUCGAAGAGGAUGAGGAGGAAGAGGACUUACUGACUGAGCAGGAUUUGAUUUGAGUAUCCCUCAUCCUGCCUGUAUCCGUAGCUGGCUCCCUGUGCUUCCUCCUGGACGUACUCCUCUGUCUUCUCCCAGCCUGAAGCCCAGCCUCCGUUCAUCUGCGUGGUUGCGCCGUACGUCUUGGCCGGAGCUGCGAAGGCACCGUAACUUUGGGUGAUGUCGCCCGUCUCUUCUGCCAGCUCGUCCUCGUCUAUGAAGCCGCACUUUUCAUCACUGGUGUCACGUGUGAAGCAGAGCUCUCCUUCACCCUGGAGCCCAGUGACAUCAUCGCUGUGCAGGAGCAGCCCCUCAUGCUCCACUGCCAAGUGGACGGCAUCCCCCCCAUCACGACUCAGUGGAGGCACAACGGCCUGCUCUUAACUCAGGAUCAGCAUCACACCACCUUCAUCAACGGCUCGCUCCUCAUCCGUCACUUCCAGAAGACCAAAUCUGACGGCUCGUCCGACGAGGGGGACUACGAGUGCGUGGCCCAGAAUUCCUUUGGGCUGGUGGUGAGCCGCAAGGCCCGGAUUCAGGCAGCCACCAUGGCAGACUUCCAUGUCCAACCCGAGUCGGUCCAUGUCGAGGAGUCUGGUGUGGCCAGAUUCCAGUGCCAGAUCCACGGCCUGCCAGAGCCUGUUAUCAGCUGGGAAAAAGACAGACUUCCUGUGGACACUAAGGACGAGAGGUUCACUCUCCUGCCUACAGGUGUUCUGCAGAUCACAGGCGUGCGUGACGAGGACAGUGGAAAGUUCUGCUGUGUGGCCCAUAACAGUGCGGGAGUGAAACACAGCACCGAGGCGCUCCUCACAGUCUCAGGCUCCCAGGCAUCUGUUUACAAAGAACCCAUGAUCCUGGUUGGUCCAGAAAACCUCACCCUUACUGUCCACCAAACAGCCAUCUUGGAGUGUGUGGCUACUGGAUACCCUCGACCUAUCGUUUCUUGGAGCAGAUUAGAUGGCCGCCCCAUCGGCGUGGAGGGAAUCCAGGUGCUCGGCACGGGGAACCUGAUGAUCUCGGAUGUUGGCGUUCAGCACUCAGGGGUAUAUGUGUGUGCUGCUAACAAACCAGGGACUCGGGUACGCAGGACGGCUCAGGGACGCCUGGUGGUCCAAGCUCCUGCAGAGUUCAUUCAGGCACCACAGUCCAUCGCUCGCCCUGUCGGCACCACCGCCAUCUUCACCUGCCAGGCCCAGGGCGAGCCUGAGCCUCAGCUCACCUGGCUGAAGAACGGGCAGAUUCUGGAGCCUGGAGGGCAUGUCAAACUCAGGAACAACAACAGCACACUGACGAUCUACGGUCUCAGCCAGGACGAUGAGGCGAUCUAUCAGUGUAUCGCAGAGAACAGCGCCGGCUCCACGCAGGGCAGCGCCCGUCUAACAGUUCUGUGGGCCGACGGUCUGCCCGGGUUGCCCACCCAUGUUCAGGCCGAGGCCCUCUCACCCACAACCAUCCAGGUGUCCUGGGGGGAGCCGGAUCAGAACACUCAGGAUAUCAUUGGCUACGUGCUGCACAUUCGCAGGACCUCAGACCCAGUGGAGAUGGAGUAUGAAGAGGCUGUCAGCAAGGUGACGCUACAGCAGAUCAUCAGGGACCUGGAGCCCUCUACCAGUUACACAUUCUACGUCAAGGCCUACACAUCCCAUGGGGCCAGCAAACCAUCGGACAGUGCAACCGAGAGCACUCACGGGGAGGUUCCAGCUCCUCCUUCCCUCUUCACGAAGGUGGUGAACGGCAGUGUUGUACAAGCGACGUGGGAACCUUCCUCUAAGAUGGGCCAGCACCAAGGCUUCAGGCUGUUCUACAGACGGGCUCACACACCUCUGUUUACUGGUCCCAUUGACUUCUCCCGCAACGUCACCCAGUACAACAUCACUCAGCUGGAUUCCUCCCUCGUCUACGAGAUAAAGCUGAUUGCAUACAACCAACAUGGAGACGGCAAUGCCACUGUGCGCUUUGUCUCUCUCCGCGAGGCUGUGGAGAAAUCAGUGUUGGACAUCCCGUGUGACUGUGCAAAAGACGAACAGAGCAAAACUUCCACAACAGGCAUCAUCAUCGGCAUCCACAUCGGAGUCACCUGCAUCAUCUUUUGCGUGCUCUUCCUCGCCUUCAGCUAUCGCGGCAGGCUAAUGAUGUGUAAGACGGUUCAAGCCACCCCUCAGGCGGGACACAGCGCCGUGCUGGAAUCCUCUUCCUCUUCCCAGGGGGCAGCUGGGAUGAACGGAGCUGCCAGGAGAGAGAUGGAGGUCAAUGGCAGCUCAGCAGGGAAGAAAGUAGUUGACAGCAACGAGCUUGAGAGACUUUUCACUCGACCAAACACACAAGACACAUGCAGGUCCGACUCCUACGCGCUGAACGACACCCAGCUGUCCACGAUACCGCUGGACGAGUUUGCGGUGGAGCGAGAGACGCAGUUCCAGGAGCCUCCUGCAGCCGGUGCGAGUCGGCAGGACCAAGGCUAAACACAAGACCUCAGCCUUCGUCCAGGGAUUGGAUCAGUUCUGUCUCAGGACACAGUUUCAGUGAUAUCAACUCUUUUUUUUUAUGAUUUCUCGGCCUUCAUACGGGCUCCAGCCUCGGCUGUGUGAACCUUUCGACUCAACAAAAACCUACCUCAGCCGGAAUGAAUGUGUUACGGGAAGCUUCUAGGGACAUAACCUUCCCCGGUUCUCACAAUUUACUUCUUUACAUGCGGAGGAACUGAAGAUUACAAGAUCAGGUGCCGCACUACCUCAGAUGUCAAAAAUCGUCCCUUCUUCUCUUGCUUGUCAAAGGGAAUAAAAAGAGAAAAUGAGUAUCCAACAUAAAGCACUUCCAAAUGCUGAAGUUAAUGUUCUACCUCAAGAUAACAAAGUUAAUGUUGUCGCUGUUGUUGUUGUUGUUUGUCUGUUUGUUGCAUAAUGAAAACCCCUCUUCUUUCCCUCUGUGAAAUCCUGGCUUCCUUCUGUUGAUGAAUAUGUUAUUUGUAGAUACAAUGUCAGUACCUCAUGUAAGUUGACAGACUAAUAACACUGUUGUAUGAAUUACAGUCUAUUAGAGAUACUUUGGGAUUGUGCUGUUCCAUUAUAAGCUUUUUUUAAAUUUUAUAUAUCACUCAAAUGAUGUUUUUUUUUUAUUUAGAUGCUUCAGUUCAGAGAAGUCUGUUAGAAAUACACUGCAGUGCUUUUGACUCCAGAAGAGAGACUUUGAAUUGGACAAGAGGCAAAACAAUGUCAUUAUAUAUGUGACAAAAAUGAGUGCUAUGGAUGAUUCUGUUUUUUUUGUGUGCAGAUUUUUUUAUUGACUGAGUGAAUGUGUUCAUGUAUUUGAUAUUUGUAAAAGAAAUUAAGGAAAUUAAGCACAAAUCUUCCCCCAAUAUGCCCAAAUAUUCCACUAUGAUUGAUGAAAUUACUUAAAGGAGGAGUCUGACAUUUUUGGAAAUGUGCUUUAUGGCGUUCUUGAUGAUAAGACCUGUAACUUGAUGAGAUUUGGAGGCACUAGCAGGCAGAUUUUUUAAAACUUUUGACAAAACAAAGUUAGACCUGUCCCUCUUUUUCAGAUAAUGUCUUACUAAGCUAAGCUAAUUGAUGUUAAAAAUGAAGCAUUGCCAUUGAUUAAUGUAGCUUUGCAUUAAAACCUGGAAAGGGGGAUCCAAAAGUAACAGAAUCUAAAUAUUUUAAAUGAUAUAAAUUCACACAUUUUAUCUGCAAAUUAUCAAACGAAGUGUAAAACUGUCAAUUCGCCAUCAAAUGGAGAGUUGAUUUUACACUCAGCUGUUGCAGAUACACGAGAGAUAUCUUUCUCCUCAAACUUCUAACUGGAGAAUAAAAAGCAUAUUUCCCAGAAUGCUCAGCUCUUCUUUGUAUUUAAAGUGGCUGCAGUGUAUUUCUGACUUCCUUCUGAACAUUUGUUAUUGCAGUUCUCUUUAUACUUUGAUUUCCUCGUCACAUUACCUGUCUCCUUUUAAAAGUGUUAGCCUUUAGACAUCUGGUGCCCAGGAGACAUGACAGUCGUUGAUUAUGCUUGACUACAGUUCCUCUCUUCCCAAAACCACAGUUGCUGCUCAGCCUCCUCCCUCCUGUCAACACUGACUAGUUAAGGUGCUUCAGGAACACCUUGUUUUAAAAAAACGCUGGGUGCUGACACGCACACACAGAGAGCUGGCUGAGGGAGAAAGACUUGCAGGGCUUCUCUCUCUAGCUCUCUGCUCUGUGCUGUCACAUACUGUGAUGCAUUGUUAUGGUUACCUACCUCAACUCUAUAUCUGGCCUUUUUCUCAGGUCUUAAUGAAGGAAACAGACAGAUUAUGACAUAUGGCGUAGAGGAAUAUACACACAUACGCGUAUAUAUCUAUAUAUAAAUGUAUAUAUUGCAAUUCACAUGCUGGACAGAGACAAACACUACAUGGAGGGAGAACUUUAAAGGACCUUUACCCCGUGCACUAACGAUUAAAACGGUUCAUGGAUAGAUUUUAGUGGAUGUGACUUUGUUACUUUGGUCAGAUUUGUUUUCAUAUCACAAACAUUUUUAAGUGUCACAGUGUUUGAAUUUUAUCCUCUGUGAAAAAAGUUACUAGACAAGUGUAAUGGACUGAUGAAAGCAAAGUGGGUGACAUGUGCAACUCUGAUACACACACACACACACAUGCACGCAUGCAUGCACGCACACACACACAAGGUCAGGGAUUUUCCUUUUAGGGCUCCAAAACCUGACUCAUGACCCUGACGGCAGUGGAGGUUCUAGACCAAUUUUACUGGGGGGGCAGGCUGGGGCCAAGGGUGUUG